GGGAGCAGGAAUGGGCACAGGUUUCUGUCUCUAGGAUGCCUGCUAUCACGUCCGGCAGAUUGACUCCUCUCAGACAGUUUGUGAAAGAAAUGAAGCCUGCAGUGGAGCAAAGUGUUCGUUCCAUCCUUCGACGGAGACAACAAGCACAAAAGCACAGGCAGCUAGCGAGUUCGCGUAGAACGGAUGCCAGCGGACAGACGGCCGAAAGUAAAAAAGACGACACUACAGUCAGUGGUCCCCAGCGCAGAGGGAAUAUCAUCGGAGGUCAAGACAAAUCGUCCAACAACAACAAUCACGAAUUCUGUGCUGAAAUGCUAGCGGCGAUUUUUCCACGCGUACAAGCCUACCCGACUUCGGGUAUAACAGCGGCUUCGUCUUCGGAUCUUCCAGGACCAGACGAGGUCUUGUGGCAACUGGUUUUGCAAGCUGAUCAUGAUCCUCAUGCUGAAAUAAGUAAAAACGAUUCUUAUUAUUUCGCAGAUAGUCAUAGCAUUAAGGGUUGAAACAAUUCAUUUUUACAAGCCUUCUUGACUUGAGAUUGCUACUAAAAAAAGAAUUGCUUCAACCUUUAACAUCAGUGGGAACGUUCGACAACGACAAAGCGGUCUGGAAUGUCCGCAGGGCCUAUUGGCCAGUUUGGCCGCGUGCAUUGCGAGAGGUGACGAAGCCACUCUGAACCGGAUGGACCUGGUCGUAAAAGCGCUGCAGAAACGUGUCAUGUCGUCAUCUGACGCUUUCUCUCAUUAUACCUCUCAUGAUGGCCAAGAGCGACGCCAUGAUCAUAAGCGACGCCAUGAUCAUAUCAUGUACAAGAACAAGAAUGUCCACGUGAACAGGCAUAAGACAAGAAGACGAGGAGCGGAUUUUGCUGUGGGACAGAAGAACGAUGGAGGAAUAUCCGCGACAGAGAACGAUAGUAGUCGAGUGACGUCCGCGACUGCGGUGCUGGACUUCGUGCGUUUUGGGCUGGAGGACGUACGGAUUUACGCUAAAAUCUGUAGGCUCAGUAUCGAGAUUAGGUACCGUUGCAGGGGCUCUGCAGAACCAUUGAAUUUGUAUUUCUACUUUUAAGAAUACUUUCGUUCUCUGCAGGACUGCUAUAUAUCCCCGCAAGAGCACAUGCUAUUGAUUUUCUUGAAUUCGUGUACUCAACAAGCACAUAUUCAAUCUCGUUUGGUGUCAACGUGUGUGUAGGCAUCUGUCUCUUAAAUGUGAUUCGCAGGGGUUUGUUUAGCUUCAUACUCGCCCCGAACGAGUUCCGACAUGUCAAGCACCCUUCUGGUUGUGGACUUGCCCACCGCACGUAAUGCCACGCGAAUAAGAGGAGACGUAGCAUCGAAGCGCUCAGUUAUGGUCUUUUUUUCCCCAUCCUUGUCAGCAUCUUGGUAACCUAAUUACAUUUGCCCUGUAUUAUUCCUAUGAAGUAUUUCAAGGGAAGAAAAGGGGACGAGCUGAGGGGAUACCCAUCAUGGGAAGAGCCUGAGGACUCUAAGUCAGAAAGGAGUAAAAGUGACCUUGCGGAUUUCGACUUGGAUCUUCUUCUUGCCUGGACUGCACUCUUAACGCCACUCGAAAUGCACCAGGUAGAUCCACGAUACCUCACGCUUCGCCAUGGAUCUGUCAGCGAAUUUUGGUUCAAUUAAGGCUUGUGGGAAAGCAUCUUCAGAACAAGCAUCCUAGAGCCUCACGCUGGCUCAGGAUGACACUCAAGAUGGAUUCCGGAAAGGUCUAAUUCAAUCUAGGACAAAGAGUCGAACAAAUUUCCUCUUUGUCGCCAGCUAUUAGUGACUCUCCCACCGACAAGGAUAUCGUUGAUGUCACUUUUAGUUUGAGUAGAAGUGGAAAUAGUAGAAGUCCGAAUAUUCCAUGGACUUGGGCUCCCCUUGGCCUCCCCGCAUUGUCCAAGCGAGGUGCGGAGGCAUUGCAGCGAAAUUGCCCACCUGCCGCAGCGAUUGCGUGCCCCAUGGCGUUGCUGAAGCUGAGAGAUGACAACGACUCAGACAAUGACAACUCACAACCAAGCGCUUCCACAUCAAUUUCAGCGACAUCUACUACUAGAGAGGGAAACGAAAUUGACCAAAGUAUCGACACCGUGCGACGGCUUAUUCAGCGUUGCUGUAGUAGUACAAUCCUACGAGCGGGUCCGGUUAAUAUCGAUAAAGUCGCUUUCCAAACGGCUCCACCUCUCCCGAUCGCAGAAUACAGCAGUUACCAACAGCGCUAUAAGUUGCCGCUCUCUGCUCUCCGUGAGCAUACACAUAUUCUUCGCGAAGCACGACAGGAACUCCUAGAUCUAGAUCUCGAUUCGAAGUCGCCGCUGUGGUUAUGAAACAAAAAAGUGUACUCAACAUGAUCCUGCUCAAAUAAUCUAUUGAAAACAGGGAUUUCUUCUUCUUGGAUAGAAGAUAGAUAAUCAUAUUCAACAGAUAGAUAAAUAUGAUUAUCUAUCUAUCCAAGAAGGAGAAAUCCCUGUUUUCAAUAGAUUUUUAGAGCCCUCUCCGGAACGCAUCCUCAACGAAAUGGAAUACACAAACUGAUGAAACUCUUUUCUUCUUGACAGUCUAUAAAUUGAGAUUGAGUACGCUUUUCCUUGUCAUGCGUCUCGCAGUUGUUUCACGUGCCCGACGAAAGCAAGCAUAUCUGCCGUGGCGGCGACCAGGGCUGCGAUCAUGCGCAUACUCACUGCUAUCCCUACGACGAGUUGAUGCCAAGAAUAUUGUUCGACUGGCAUAUGGCGAACCGCCAGAAGAAUCGUGGUCAGAGACGACAAACACUACCUGAUGAACAGAACCCUUCGUUCCGCAUGUUGAGUAUGGCAGAGUUCUUUACAUUUAGUCGUGUAGUACAUGCUUCUUCUAUUCUUCUAGCUGAAUCAGGCAGUGGCCUAUGUAACUAAUAUGCCUUUCUUUUAGAUUUUCCCUUGAAUAUUCGCAAGCGAGGCAUCCACGCACCUUUUCUUCAUUCUCCCUAUCGGUACAUGUAUGGGCGAGUCUUUGGCGGCAGCGGAACGGUACUUUUCCGAUGCUGGUGUGACCCCCUUCAUCGCUGGCCUAGACAUAUUCCCUCAGCUCGCGCGACGUUUCUUGUUCAGUUCCUUAUGGGACGAUAGUGGAAUAUUCUUUUACUGCCCGACUACUUCUACUGCUAUCUAACUGGGGGUUGAAUUCAUUGCUGCUUUCCCGCGUACUACACCUUACAAAAAUACUGUAACACUAAUUUCAAGUGGAUCCACCUUCGGUUGCUAGUCUCUGUCAUGUCCUAUGUUAAUAGAAGUAACAUAGUCAUAGUCCAUCCAGUUGUAGAACGUAAGUAGUACAACAUGGAUCAUACAUACAUAGUUCUAACUUUCUUAGCGGAGCGUCAUGCUUCUGUGUUUUCAGAGGUGAAUCGAUCGCGCAUCCACUUGUUCGAGGGCAGUUCGAUGAGUGCGCUUGACACGGCAAGCUUUCACAGUGAGCUCAUUGGGAAAAGCACGACGUCGUUUCGAGACGUAGAUGAACUUGGCUUCGACCUCAUAAUCGACGAUGGUGCACACGGUGCUGAGGAAAUACCCAUGACGUUUAGACACGUCUUUUUGCGCCUCCUAAACUUAAGUGUACAUACAAGAAAUCCAUCUUCACUGUCAUCUUGGUCCCGUUUUUUAUUAAAGGGAAAAGGAGGCCCAAGAUGCUGCAGAAGAUGGGCUCCCAUUUGUUCUAAGAAACCCGGGAGGGUACUACAUUAUCGAGGACGCCCACGCGUUGUUCGCACUGCGAUCCGGUGAAGGUGCGGCUGCCGCUGAUUUCAUCGAUAACGUUUUUAUGGUUGAAGAACUACAAAAAUAGAGCAUUGUCGUGCUUUCGUUCUUUCAGGAGACGUGACCGUCAAAGCGAUGACUUUUCCCUUGCAGGCGGUUGAUGCUGAAUGAUAUCAAGGCUUAGAGACUUCGGCGUUCUGUUGGUGGAUCAAUGAAUUUCAAUUUUAUUGAGAAAUAUUCACAUUCUUUCAUAGUAUUAAGUAGUACAACUCUUCUCUUUCUGGGAAGCGAAGUGCUUUCUUGUUCCUCGUCUCUUUCAUAUCACUGCUGUCCGAAGGCGAGAGCGGGAGAGGGAAGCUGGCGGGGUUACCACUGCACAUAGAACAGCCUGGAAGGGAAAUGGCGCUGAUGCGUACAUUGGACCCUUAUUUUGCGUGGAUUGCCUCAGUAGAGUUCUUUGGUCAAACACUAAUCGUCAUCAGAAAACGGCGCGCUGUUUUGUAGAGACGAUAAUUCCUGCGUUUCGUGUCCUCCACGAAGCUUUAGCGAGGCUACUUCUAAUAGGUCAUUGGCGUAAAGGGAAAUACACGCUCUAUCGCAUUAUAAUGUUCUUUGAUUUUGUGUACUGCUGAGUCCGCGUCCCGCACGUUGAGAAAAAUACGAAGAGUAAGACUUGAAGAUGAAAAAAAGAUGAGACUUGUCGUGAAGUGUCAUCAAACACUUGGUAUGCGCGUUCCAAGUCCCAACACGUGUAAUCUAUUCUCUCGG